AGAUGCUGCCAUAAGCUCACCUGCCAGACCCCUUUCUCUCCUCCUGCUUUCACAACAGUGGUGCACUUCACCAGAGUCACUUGGUCCCUGUUGUUUUCAUCUGGGAGUUGUAUGCUCGAUAUCUCUGGCCAGCACACAAACAGCACAGAGCAUGGAGAUUCUGGGAAGGUGUGAGUCCUUUUCCCUCUGGAUAACUGUGCUGUCCUUUGGAAGGGUUCUCUCCAUGGAUUUCUCUUACCUGGGAUCCUCCCUGAGCCUGCAGUCCUCCUUCCAGGAGAACACAACACAGGUACUUUUAUAUUACCGAGGGAUUGCUUCUCCUUGUUCCAGUACCGAAGAUGGGAUUUGCAGGGCUGUGAACUGCACUUCCAGAGUCCCCUCCGCAGGUUUACGGAACUCCACAGCCCUGUGCCAGCUAGAGGGAGAGGCGGCCAUCUUCCCCGCUUCCCCUGGAUCCUUCCCCAUGAGGCUCUCCAGCUGCUGCUGGUCCCAGACUGUGUUCUCUCCCAGUGAGGAUAACAACUCCAGUGUCCAGUUUGAGCUGGUGAUGACUUAUACCCUGGGUGCUCGCUCUGAUACAGGAUCGACAAACACGUCUCCGCAGACUCCGCUUCUGCCUCCUCUCAGGAAGGAUGCACCCUUAGAUACGAUGGAAUGGGCUCCGAAGGCACCCACCCAGUGGAGCUGAUGGUGGAGGAUUUCCCCAGGAAAAUGGUGGUCCUGAAGUUUGAGGAUGGGAUGCAUGAGAUUCAGCCAUACAAUGCUUCAGGAGGGGGCGGGAACGAAGCGCUAAGUUCUGUCCCACUUCAGUUCACCUUAACAGUGGAGAAGCCAGUAGAGGACUGUGCCUUUGGAAUUAGAAGGCCAAUAUUUAUCAGCCCAACCCCAGGCGAUGGGGACAUGAUCAGCGUGCUGCCCUACGAGGACGUUUCCUUCACAGUGAUGGCUGUCAGCGCAAAAGAAAGGAUGGCGGACUUGCAGAUUCUGGGUCCUUACGGGCUACACACAUUGGGUCUGUGGAUGGCAGAUGAUCUCUGCACUGUCUCUGUGAAUAUCACCUGGGAGAGCAGGAACCCUGCAAGAUCGCACCAGGUUCCUGUAUGUUUUGUGGCCAGCACAUUGUCCAGGUUACAGUCUGAGCUCAGAUGCAUUUGGAUUGUGCAGAGGUUGUUUGUAACUUGUGACGUGAAGCUGUGUCUCAGCUUGAACAGGUCCAGGCUAUGCCCUUCAGGGUGCAGGUCCUUCAAAAGCAACGAUUCGCCAUGGAAGAUACUAGAAACAAAGAUCCAUCGGAUCACCGCUGGGCCAAUCCAGAUCACCAAGGGUCCUUCCAGCGGUACCAACUACACUGCCUUAGUGGUUGGGAUAGUGCUGGGCUGCACAGUGGUGUGUGUUGUCUUUCUGCUGUUGAAGAAGUCCUUUGUGGGGGUGCCAGACAGGAAUGUAUCCCUAAGAAUUUGAGACCAUCACUGCAAAGGGCAUUUAAGGCAGUCAGAUGGCUGGGAAGAUUACUGCACUUGAACUUGAAGGACACAACUGAAAAUUCCGAGAGAGCAACAGCAACAUUUGUGGGAAUCAGAUGCUGAGCAGAUUGCUUAUGGCAACAUUUCUGAGUUUGGUACAGGUUACCCUGGUGGCACGAAGCCCACAAUCAAGUGGUGUUUGGGUGGUUUAAAUUCUAGAAUCCACUAGGACACCGAUUAAAAAAAAGAAUAUGGAAAACACCACAUACUUGUGACUUUUAGAUGUGAUUUGCUUAAGGACUUGUCUUCACUGCAACAGAUAGCUUAAGUUAUGCCUCUCGUUAGCCUCACUCUAGUGAGUGCAACCAGGGCCAGCCUUAGCAAGA